AUUCCUAAAGAAUUGAACUAAAUACAUCAUAGUGAUUACCGUCGAAUGUAACCGCAGUCAAUCAGCCGUGGUAUGUGCACCGAAUGAGCUAACUGUUACAAAUUUAAAUGAUUAAGCCAAGAGAUUAUCUGGUAGGCGUAAACAUUAAUAACCGGAAACAUGCGCAAUCUAUGCUAACAAAAUGGAAAGGUUAAUUUUGACGUUAGGCCGGAAACUGCACUAAGAAUUUUUAUACCACAGAUCUUUAUAAAAUGGCGGUUAGGUACUUGUCUAUUGCUCUGUUGCUUAUUUUUCUUAGAAGAGAAAAGAUAGAGGCUAAAUGGUAAUGCGAAUAAUUAAGUAAUUAGCUAUUUUGCAAAUCCAAUCGCAAAUGUAAUAUUUCAUUGACUAUAAUGUAAUUAUAUUAUGUUCAUAGGUACUCUAUGGUACAGAACAGAAUUCACAUAUAUGAGGAGGAAGAAAAGACGAUAUCUUAUUAAAAAUAUAUUAUGUUGGAGUGCCUAAAUAAUCUCAUCCAUAUAUUUAUUGCAAAGAUAAAAGAGGGCAGGAGACCCUAGACACCCGUCACGAUCCUAUUUCCUUUCAAUUAUUUCGUCAUAAUUAAGUCUUAUUAAACUUAAAAAUGGUAUUGGAUCAAAUGGCAUUGUGCCCUUUGUUUUGUGUUUUUUCUGGGUAUGAGUCAUUUGCACUUCGUAAAAUUUAUUUUAGAAUUCUUGAUUAGCAACAUAAACCAUUUAUAGCAACUUGAUAAAAAAAAUAGGAACCAAAAAUUACAGAAAAAGUAAUAGGUAAUACUAUUUUGUAUUGGUUUGAAUUAUUACUAAAUUAAGUAAACUAUAAAUUUAUUAAGAUGCACAAGACAAUAUUUAUUUCGCUCUACAAACGUACAAAUAUAAAAGAAUUCAAAUUGAAUUUUAAAAACACAAACUAUUAAAUAAUUGCAAAUGAUACAAAAUAAGGUAGUAACUUUUUUUUGUCUACCCUCAUAUUUUUAUGAGCACACUUUUUUUACUUUAAUGAGAUAUACUGAUCUGUGACACACAUUUCCACACCUCAAUUGCUACAGGUAGUCGUUUACUUUAAAAAAAUGUCUAGCGGUGAUCAAGAGGAACAGCGGAAUAGAUUAAUAAGAAGCAUGUUCGUGAAUCUACAACCUCUAAAUUCUCCACAACGAGAAACUGCUGAAGAAGUAUACUCCAAUGCACCACCCACUCCAGAACUUACCAUUGAAUAUGUUCGGUUGAGGAAUGAUGACGAUGAAUUGACUGAUCCUGAAAGACUAGAAAAUUAUAUCAAGACGCUUAGAGCGGAAAGUGAGGCGAAAAAAAAGCAAAGGCGUGUAGAUGACGACAUAUCUACUGACGAAUUGGAAGAAAAUGAUGAUUCCACCGACAACUUAGAUAAUCGUUCCCUUGAAGAGGUCCGACGUAGGACGACUUCAUGGGAGUACAGUCCCAUACUACAACGAUUUUCGGACUCUCCUCGCCAUCCUGCCUUACUUACUAAGUCACCAUCAUCGCCAGAGCAGCAAACAAACCUGCGUCGAUCGUCACGUAAAAGGAAGAAAGUCGAGUUCCGAUCUAUGAAUUUAUCCACUACGCCCGAACGUCCUUCAACUUCCCGACCAUCUAGGCAGAAAGAGGUAUCCAGGCGUCCAAGUGCAAAGUUCAGGCGUACGGUCAAUACUAGAACAAUAGGUACGCAGACGGUGGAUUAUUGGUUCAAUAUGUUAAUGGACGAUUAUUGUGAGUACGACAUUAUUCCACGACAACAGGCUCAAUGAUUAUUGUAUCUAUGUUAAAUCUCUACGUCUUUUUUUACGAGAUAAGAAGUGGAUCAGUUGAAAAGUUUGGUGUGUGUGUAACUUAAUACAAUAUUAAAAUAUGUAUCUUUGGUUUUCCUGUUUCAAAUACGUAGCCUUGAUCAAUUUGAUUGUUUAAUAAUUUACUGUUUCUAUUAAGUAUGUUUCUUUAAACAUUUGAUCUCUCGUAUUCUCCGUGCUAGCAGAAUAGAAAGCGAGAUCCACGAAUUGUCAGUGGGUAAAUACUUUGUUUUUAAUACUAAAUGUUAAUGGAAUUACACAACAUUCUUCACACAUCUUG